AGAGCUCCUUCUGGCUGUUGGUCUGCCCGCGGGGGAAGGUGUUAGAGGAGUGCUGCGGUUUUCGGCUUAGUGCUUUUACGAUUUAAGUCUAAGGCCCCUGGUCUAUGUAACGUGUUAUGCCAUUAGCUGGUUAAUCACACAAUUAGUGUAGGCUAUGUAAAGUAAUUAUCGCAGGAUAAAAAUGGCUGUCCAGCUAUCAAUAUAGCCAAUCAGCUACAAAGUUAGUGCUUGGGAAUGUGUAACAACUCUAUAGCUGGUUUUCAUCCAGUUUUAAUCUGAAUAUGCUGCAGGGACAUAAGACUUUAAACAAUCUUCAAUGAAAAAGCAAUCGUGCUGUCUUAGUUUCAUUGCGUUCAGUUUCUGCCCUUGACAUCACUGGUUGUAGGAAGUUUUGCUUAAUUGCUUUGCAUACUCAUGAAAGCACUGAGGUGGUGCAUUAUGCACAGGGAUUUGGGAUUUGUGUGUAGACUCCGAGAUCUGCCAGACACAGUCCGUAGUCAGUUUCUGCUGGUGUCUGUGUGGUUGUUUCAAUAUGACUGCAUUAGAGGAAUAAAACAUUUCCUGUUUUCCUCAACAGAAAUGUUUGUCUAAGCAAAUGAAAAGGUGUCAGAGGCACAUAUCUGAUUCUGUUGUUAAAUCAGUUGGUGUAGGUCUUUAAUCCACAGCUUAAUUUUGAAACCAAGGGUUUGUUUAAAUGCUUUAUUAGAAAAUUAUUGGAAUUUUGUUUUACUAAUGCAAAAUUUUAAAAUAUGUCUCCUUAAAAUCAGUCCAAAAUGAGGUGCUUCCCUUCUCAGCUAAGUGAGAGCUGGCAUAUCUGUAUAACAUCAUUAGGAAAAGAUAGAUACAAGGAAUUGUAUUGCUUCAUAUUCUUUACCCUCAGACUCCUUGUGCAUCUUAUUUACUAUUAAAAAGAAACAGAGACAGUUUCCAAUGAAACUCCAGAAUAAAUUUAAUGGACCCUACGAGAGGCCUUGAUUCUGCAGUGAAUUCCAGGCAGGUGGAAGCCUGUACCAUGUAAGGCCCAUGUAAUCUUGCCCUUCCUUCAGAGCAGGAAGUUUAUUAUAGAAAGUAAUUAGUAACAAGUAUAGGGAAGGAAUUUGCAGGAUGGGCCCAGAAUCAAUACUUUUACCUUGUUCCGUUAGAGACUGACAAACAAAUUACCCAUGUUAAAUAAUGCACUAGACACAGGCACUUUGAGUGAACUCUGACACAAUAUUCUUUAAAAAGAGCAGUUCAACUUGAAUUGCCUGUAACUAAUGACUCAACACAUGCCCAUGGAUUUUUUUUAUUUUUUAUUUUUUUGCCCAUAGAUUUUACUUUUGGUUUUAAAGGAGAUGAACGUGUCAAGAAUUCAUGCACUGGAGCCCUACCGUGUUCCUAAAGGAGCUCAAGAGCUCAUUUCCCAAUGGGGAGGUGCAGCUGAGGGCUGGAGAUGUUUGGCUCAAGGUCAAGAAGGGCUGAGGCUGCUGAUCAGGUUCAGCUGCCCUUGGCAAAUAACGAAACAGCCUGUCCUCCUCAUCCCAGACCCAGCCAGGCGGGGGAGCCGAGGGCAGGCUCCGGGGCUCCUGCUCCCAUCCUCGCUGCGGCCUGGGAGGGACGAGGCGCGCGGCGCCGGCCUGGAGCAGCCGCAGCAGCAGCGCCUCGUGCAAUUCUCCUCCCAGGCGCUAGGGGGCGCUGGGACCCGCCUGGGCCGGAAGCGCGCGGCCAGGCCCCGCUGUUCUCCAUGGCGACGGGCGCGCGGAAGGCUCCGGUCAGUGCGGGGCGCGGGGGCCCUGAGGGGAGGCGCUGCCCUCAGGCCGGGGCCUGGGCCUGCCUCCGCUUCCGUGAACCCCGUCCCUUCGGUCACUGCGUGGCACAGCUGGGCUUGGGGGUCUUCCCGCCGCCGCCCCGCCUCCGGGACCCGCACGCAGUGCUCCGUCCUGCGGGGCAGGGGCCACCUGGGCUGCUGGUGCCCUGAGGAGAGAAGGCGGCAGCUCCUGGAAGCAGACAGACCCCCUCAGGCUUCCCUGGCUCAGCUCUUGAUGCGGGUGUCUCUCGGUAGCAAACGCCAGGCUCGUGCACCACGGGCAUUACACACCCCUCGUUGUCUCAGAGUUGAGCUCUUUGGCCCUGGUGAUGGCACGGGCCAGCGGCAGCCCGGUGGCACCGACACCCACAGAUGGCUGCAGGGGUUGGCAGUUCCCUGCGCUCACGCAGCAGGUUGCUGAUCCGAGCACAGUGGGGGGCACUGAUGGGGCGCGUUGUGUGCUCAACUCACAGUCACCACGAAUGUCUCAAACCAGUGCUUGUCUGUUGUCUGAAGGCCGCGCACCAGAGUCCAGUGGCAAAAAGAGAGGGGUGCUGGUUUACAGAAGAGCCUGGCUAUUGGGCAGGAUGGAGAAGUCCAGGGGCAGCUUAAAAUGGCGAACUCCUCAGAGCCAUCCAGUUGGACGGACCGUUGCUCCCCGGCAUGCAGGCAAUUGGUGUCGGAUUGGGAGUGGCCAUAUUCCCUAUCGGGUUACAUAUACCUGGAAUCGAGGGGGCAGGUUAAAAGAACUUCGUAUCAGACACCUGGCCAGAAAGUUCCUCUACUUGUGGGUGAAAAAGACAUUUGGACAAGUUCUUCCUUCCAAAGCCAGAUGCCAUUAUGACCAGAAGAUUCUGCAAAAAACUUUCAGAGAGUGGAAGGAGGAAUGGUGGAUUGUUUGCAGAGAGUGGAAGCUCAGCAUCAGAGCUGACUGCCAUUACAGAUAUUUCUUAUACAAUCUAGUGUUUAAGACCUGGAAGGUUUAUGUAUGCCAGCAGCGAGAGAAGAAGAGCAAGUAUCAUGUUGCAGAGUCUCAUGCAGAGAAGCAGAAGUUACGCUGGACAUGGCGGUGUUGGCUGAUCUACGUUGAUGUUCGCAGGACCAAGCAUAGCAUGCAAUCUAAGGCCCUGGCAUUCAGUGAAAGGAGCACUCUGCGCGUGCCAUGGAGAAUGUGGACAAGGCGACUGCUUCAGAAUUGUGCCAGCCGUGAGAUGGAUGCCCUGGCUUUGCAACACUGGGCACUGAGUCUUCAGUUUCGGGCCUGGCUGCAAUGGAAAGACUUGUAUUUACACAGCCAGAAUGUCAAGUGGAAGGAGGCCUGGGCAAUGAAUCAUCAUCGGCACUGUGAGUUGAAGAGGUGCAUGAAGGCCUGGCAGGGAUACCUGCAGCUCCGAAGACUUAAAAGGCAUCAGGACAAGCUGGCCCAGAAACACCACCAGAGCCAUGUGCUCCAGCAAUGUUUCUCAAGCUGGCAGCUGGCCUGGGAGCACAGGAGAAGCAUGAGAGUCCAUCAGGAGUACAUUGGUGAGCUAGCAGUAAGGAGUGCCUUACGGAGGGUCUUCACACACUGGAAGCAUUAUGUGGUACUGCGCAGAGAAGAAAACUGGCAGCAUGAGCUGGCCGAGAAGCAUCACAAGCAUCAUCUGUUGCAAUUUGGAUUUGAUGCCCUCCAGAAAAAUGUUGUGAAUGCUCGUCUCCAACAAAUGAGAAAAAAUUUGGCUCAUCGGCAACGUCAAGUUGUGCUGCUGCAGAGCUUCUGGAAUUGCUGGAAAUCUCGGCUAGAACAGGAAGAGGAAAAGCAGCUAUGGUCUCUGACCCUUGCAGCUCACAGGCACUACAGAAUAAUUUUGCUACGCAAAUCUCUCAGGCUAUGGCUAGAGAAUGCCAGGUGGAGAAGACACAGGCAGAUCCAGCGUGCUAAAGCUGAUAAUCACUAUGGGAAGAUGAUCUUGCCUGUCACCUUGCAGGUUUGGAAACAAUUUAAGAAUCAUCAACAAAAGUGGAGAGAGAUGAAGGAAACAGCAUUGUGCUUUCACAGGGAGGUCUGGACUAGACGGACAUUUGACAUGUGGUGGCUAAGGACACAUCAGCAGCAAGAGGAUCGAACAGCAGAGAGAACGGCUGUUCUUCACUUUGAGUGGCAGCUGUUGGUUCGUUUCUGGUGUUCCUGGCGCAGGAGAACAGAAGCAUGCUUAGAGGAGCAAGAGGGCCUGGCUCAGGCUCAUGAUCAUUACUACCAUCUGCUCCUACUAAAGACUUUUAAUCUCUGGAAGAAGGUGGUUCAGGCAAUCAGAACAGAGAGAAUCAAGGAGGUGAAAGCCUUAAGAUUCCAUUAUUCAAAGUGUCUGCAGUGGUCUUGGAGCCAGUGGAGAGAGUAUAUGGAGCAUAAGGGUGAGAAAUGGAGGAAGCUGAUGCGAGCAGACAUGCAUUAUCAGCACUCACUGCUGCACAGGGUCUUGAGAGCCUGGAAGCUCCUGAGGGCUCCCCAAAGGACUUCUCUCCUUCGUGUUGUUAACUGCUUGGGGAGGUCUCAUCUUAUGGAUUUCUUACAGAGUUACCAGUGUAACAUACGGCACAUUUUACACCAGAUUGCUGAAAAGACAGAGGACCGGAACAGAGAGCUCUUGCGGUGGGUGUUAAGUAUCUGGAGAGGAAAUACUAUUGUCAUUAUGGGUGAAGCUAAGGCAGCUGUUCAGGCAGAACAGCACUACAGGAGAACAACUCUCGCAAAGGUGUUGCUGGAGUGGAGGGACAUCACCUCCCUGCAGGUGUACUGCCGUCAGCAGGAUGCAGCAGCUAUGAGGGAAGCCAGGAAGCAUUUGGAUGCAGUGCAUCUACAGGCCCUGUUUCUUCGCUGGAAGGAACUUGCCAAGAGGUCCAUGGUGUUGAGAACCCAGCUGGACACCGCGGCUGAACACCAUCAGAGGUCCUUGCUCAGAAACUGCCUCACUAAGUGGAAGCAGUAUCAUCUGCAGUGCAUUGGGAAGAUGCUUCUGCAGAGACAAGGAGACCAGCUGAUGGCUCAAAGACUCUACUCCAUUUGUUUCUCCUGCUGGAGGAGACAGCUGGUGCAGAAACAAUGGGAGAAGCAGGAGACGGUGCGGGCGCUGUGGCACUGGUCACUCUCCCUGCAGGCAAAGGUGUUUGAUGCCUGGCUAGGGUUUGUCCAGGAGCGGCAGAGGAAGAAAGGCCGCAUUGAAAGUGCUGUGGGAGUUUACCGUGCCACUCUGCUGAAAGAAGGUGUGACACGGAUCCUGAGAUAUGUGGCUGGCAUGAAACAGUUCCGGGGACAGCUUCAAGCCCAGCACCAGCUAAAGGCAGCCUACAGCCUCCACCAGUCAGUGUAUCGUUGUGCCAUGCUCUGGAAACAGAAGGCUCUCUGCAAGAGCCUAGACCAACCUCACUCCCUUCUGCCUCCUCCAAAGAAGCGGGUGACAUUUAAGGUGCCUGCAUCUGACGGUGGCUCCUGGGAAAGAGGAAACUCAGCAGAGAGUCUGUGCCGCAUGAAGAGUGAUGAUCUUCCAUUCCUCCUUGCUGCUGGGGACUCUGUUCUUAGUGAGCUAAAUGCUGUCCGCCAAGCAAGGUUACAGCCACGUCGCCCUGACUUCCUGCUGGGAUCUCUGGAGAGAGAGAAACUCUUAGGAACACCUUUCCCUAGAAUGGAGGGAGCAGAAAUGCCUUUGCAACAAGCAGCUGUGAACAAACAUUUUGCUCCAGCCAAGAACUUGCUGCCAUCGACUCAAGCAGACCGAAGCAGCUAUAGUUUGUCACUUCACAUGGACAGCAAUACAAACACCAUCUGCCCCCUUCGUGCAUCUGCCCCAUUGCCCUGUAUACCAUCUUGGACACCUGUCAUGCAGCAUUCUGUUCAGACAAAUCCAAAGCUUGAGCUAUUGCCUCCCUCAUCUUUCAUGCCAUGUGUGAGACAUGGAUCAGAACUGAUUAGAGGCAAAUCCCUGAAUGGUCACCCAGAAGCCACUCCCCAUGACACACAGCAGGCCACUGCAGGAGAAGAGAUGGUGCAACUCAACCCACAGGCACAUCUGCUGUUGCCCGAAGGCUUUACAGGAAGAGAGAGAAGCCCCAAACCUGCAGGUAAACAUGAACAAAGGCAAGGCAGUUCAACCAAGCGAGUAGAGCUGGAAGCAGAACUCCAACACAUCCGUCUGGAAAUGCAGCAUUACUGCAACAGCAAGCGGGAGCUCAAGUCAUGUCAGCGGCAAGCACAGAUUCUACGUAAGUGGCUAGAUACGAGUACAGGUGGCACAGGGCCGGAGGAGCAUGAGGCUGUCCAGCAUGUUCAAGAAGAGUUGGAGCAGUUGGUGCUAAGGAUCAACUCUCUGGCAAAAGUGGUCUUGGAGGGGAGAGAGAGAGUACAGAGUUAUGUCAUGCGUCUACAGGACAUUCGUGCUGCUCUGGCCAUGUAAUUAAUCCAAAACUUCUGAAGAGUGGUUCAUGUUCCCUGGUAAGAUGAUUGCUGCUUUGUCACUGAUGGGGAGUGGGGACAUAGACAGACUUGUCAGGGGAAGACAAUAUUGAGUGUCUAUGCCUCACUGAAUCAUGGACCAAGCCUGGCCCACUAGUUCAUGUAAAACUCCUUGCACGUGUGUGUGAUAAAGUUGCCUUUUCUGUUUUAAAAAUUAAUUUAUGUAACACGUUGUCAUAUUCAUUUACCACAACUGUAAACAGGUGGGAAAAUUUCCUGUUGUAUAGCUCAGAAAUGUGCAUUCAUACAGUAGCCCAAAGUUACUUGAGUGAUGGGUCCACAUAUACCUGGCUAGCAAAACUGCUCCUACUAUUUUAAGACAAUAAACAACACGUAUAAGACUUUUUAUUCAAAAUGUUUUGCAGGUAAAUGAGUUAAUGUUCAUAAGUCGUACACUUUGACAUACAAAAAUACCGUGCUACUGAUACAGUUGAAAAAUUAAAUGGAUUCUCCAUGUAGGAGAAAUUCACAGCAUCACCAGUACCUUCCAGGAACUCUGCUUCCCCUUUCUAUGACCAGUGCUGAUCUAGGGCUAAGAUUCCUCUUCCCCAGCCAUCAGCCAGGCUUCUACAGUGUGAAGACUACCAUGAAGAGUUAACCUGGUGCAGAAUGAUCUGCCUCUUUUCAGAUUUAUGUUAAAGUAAGCAGCAGCACCCUCUUCUCCACUGUUAACCUAACCAUGGCCCUCAGAUACUAUGGAGGAUGAUGCCAAGUAGUGAGAAAUUAAAGCUUAGAGUUGCUUUGGCCAUGCCCAGAGGCAAUUAAGCCCCAGUGGAGGGGGUGGGUGGAAGAGAUUCAGUCUUCCUUCCUUUGACCCACUGGAACAGGUCCAACAAGUUGGAAUUUGCAAGAGGCUAGUGACAGCUUUAACCCCUGGGGCUGAUAUCUGUCUUCAUGCACUUCACACCCUCAAGUUUUUGUUUUUAAAUCUCCGCAUAUUUGAAACCAGACUGUUGUGAUACACUAAUACAGGAGCUAACUUGCUAACUGAAAGGGUUUAAACAAGGUGGCUGGCUGCUAAGAGCCACUUCAAACUUCUACAAAAACCAUCCCCAUAGAAAAGGAGGAAAGACUGACUUAGAACCAAAGGAUUCUUUUUUUCCACCCCCCUGCCUCCCCUUGUGCAUCAAACAGUCAAGAUCAUAUGGUAAGUAUUUGUCAGGCUGUGUUAGCAAACAGAUUACAUCAUCUCUUCUUCCCUACUAGGAAGCUAUAUGUACAGGGGCUUGACCAACUGCACACUUACAACAAAAUUCCUUUCUAUUUUCUGCACAGCCCAGGGGGAGUUUAGACUUUCCUUCAGCACAGCUGAACUGCAAGGAGACGGAACAAGAAGAAGGUAUAGACUCCCAAGAAGCAUUUUUGUCAGAAGACCCCCUUAAAGUAGCAGCAGAUUAAGUAAAACAUCCAGUGCCCCAGUGGCAUGUGUGCCCUUGAAGCUCAAGCCAGCGUGGAACACAUUCAGACAGGAGUUUGAGUUAAUUCCCUCACUUGGCCUAGUUACUUACAGGCAUUUGAUUUCCUGGACUCCAAGUAGAAUUUAUUUUAGAAUAGAUGAUAACAUUGCUUUAAAAGUGAGUAUCUCUCCACUCUUUUGGCACCAGUUGCUGUCAAUCCCAUUACUGACAACAAGAAGCUUAACACACCAAGUAUUAGUGUCAUGUUUCACAGACUGGCUGAAAUGUUAAUAUCUCCAUUCUAAUCUUCCUUGGUAUGAAUUUACAAAAACAUUUAAGUUUGCAACAGAAUGAAGCUUCAGAACAGAGCUCUCAGCCCCAGCAUCUCUCUACCAGGUCUGAGGGCAAAAAGUACAAGUUUGGCUUCUUCUACUGUGAUAAAUAGUUGCAAGUUCUUUGCUGGAUGGAAAAGCAGGUUAGUGCACCAGGGGAGCAACCUGAGAUUGCUCUGAAAAUUCACAAUGGUUUUGAAUAUAGUCAGUGCAUGUGGUAUUUCAAUCCAUGCACUAACAGUAGGCCCUGAAGUAUUUCAAAGUGUUUAAUAAAUGAAGAAAUCCCUCCACCCAGAACUUAGUGACAGAUCCCACAGUUUAUGACAACAAAAAAAGCAACAUCCCAUGAAUAGCAGAAGGGGAACACACACUUUGGCUGCCUUCCUAAUGUAAAGCACAAGGGGGCUCUGAUGGAAACACCCCAAGCACUGAAAAGGCAAUAUACCCCUUAAGUGUUAUUUUUCCUGUCACAAUCUUCUCUUGCAACAGCUUGUCAUUGGAUGAGUGUAUCAGCCACAUGAACAAAAAUCCUUAAGGCCUGGAAUAACUAAGUAAAACCACAGAGGUGGAGAUAGAGUGGCUGGGGCUGACUGCCACAAGUUUUAAAAAAAUCCUUAAAAAAGAUGAGUAUGAUAAUCAGUUUGACCACAUGGAAUGUAGACACAGUGUUUUCAGGUUAAAAAUACAGUGCAAAGUCCAAUUUAAAGGGACAGUGUCAGGUUAUGAACUUUUGAACGCUUUAUAUCUGUUGCUAAUACAUUGAAUUGUUAUGACUGAAUGAGUCUAAGUUGCUUUCACCAAUACUGAUGUUGUUUUGUGCACUUCUCCUAGUCUGGCCAAUGAAACUAUACUAGCCAGUUUAGACUUUAUGGCUGUCCUGUAUUAACAUGAUGCUGAAUGAUGGUUCUGAAAAAUAAAUGUGGGAAGACAUACUAGAUAGUUUGAAA